AAGACUGUAUUCUUCUUCUUCGUUGGUGAAUGGUGCAUCAAGAAAAUGUGGUAAACAGCACCCGGGCCUCGAGGGACUGCAAAAAAUAACAAAAGCCCGACUUCUGUUGUUCGCUGAAAUAUCUGUGGACAUUUCAGUGAAUCGGAGGCAGAACAUUUGUUCUGUUUUGCUCUAGUAUUCUCUGAUUUCCGCACUGUUGUUUGAUCGGGUAGUUGAACAGCAGAUUGCAUCACUUGAAGGGAAAAAAAAAAACAGUUAAUGACUUGUUGACCUGUGUAUGUGAAUGUUUGCCAGGUCACGACUGCCAACCCCUCACACACAUGAGUGCUAUUUUCUCCUUGAGCUGGGCCAAGCGCCAUGCCUGACCGGGACAAUUCCUACCUGUCAGGUGGUGGGAGUGGCGGUAGCCUGGGUGAAGAAGGAGGACCGGGGUCUGGUUUGGCAGUGGGCUCGGCGGAGGGCAGAGGAGGAUCGGGAGGAAGCGUUGGAGGGAACGUCUCUGGCUCUGGGGGAAUGGGUGGAGGAGGAGCGCUCGGUAACGGCAAUGGUUGCGGUAACAGUGGAGGUGGAGGGCAAGGAGCCGGACUGGCACUGGACGGCGUCUGCAGGGACUUCAUACGCAAUGUCUGCAAGAGAGGAAAGCGCUGCCGUUUCAGACAUCCAGACUUCAAUGAGGUGCCAGACUUGGGAGUGCAAAAGAACGAGUUCAUCUUCUGCCACGACCAUCAGAAUAAGGAGUGUAUGCGUUCCAGCUGCCGCUUUGUCCAUGGUUCUAAAGAGGAUGAAGACUAUUACAAGAAAACAGGAGAGCUACCUCUCAGACUAAGAGGGAAAGUUGCAGCACGACUUGGCCUGUCCCCCAUGGAUCUCCCGCAUAGCCGUGGGGAGGUUCCCAUCUGCAGAGAUUUCCUGAAGGGAGAGUGCCAGAGGGGCAAUAAGUGUAAAUUUAGACAUGUGAAAAAAGACUACGAGUAUGAACCUUCCAGGGUUGGGGUGGGUGGUGUUAUGGGUCCAGGUACUAGUGGAGUGGUAAAUGCUGGGGUAGGGAUAGGUGGUGGAGUAGGAGUUCCCUGUGGAGGAAUGCAAGGACUUGUAGGAGGUGGGGGUGGCAGUAACAUGAUGGGGACAGGCUGCCCCAGCUUGGGGGGUUGCAGAGAUCCAGGUAUCUCAGGAGUUGGGGGAGUAGGUGGAGGCGGAAUAAGCGGGUGUCUGUCCUUAACCUCCUCAGGUCAGCGACGUUAUGACAGGAGCACAUGCUCUGUGUAUGACCCUCUGCUUGAGAGUGGGCUGUUUGAUCCUGGUUCCCUAGAGGCCUCUAUGGACCACACCACGCUGCAACUCAAGAGGCGCCGGUUGGAGGGCCUGCGCCUUGCAGAUGGGGGUGGGCACUAUGAGUUGGGAGUUCAAGCCACUUUGCCAGCUCGUCCUCUGGAGUACAGAUUCCUGGAGGAAGAAAAUUCCUUGCUCAGGAAGAGGGUGGAAGAAUUGAAGAAGCAGGUUUCUAAUCUCAUUGCAACAAAUGAGGUUCUCCUGGAGCAGAACGCCCAGUUCCGCAGCCAGGCCAAGGUGAUGACGUUGUCUUCCACCCCCGCACCCACUGAGCAGAGUCUGGCGCCUCCCGUAGGGGCAGUCAGUUCCUACAAUCAUGGCAUUGCCCAGACCCACACCACCCUGAGCAGCGCUGGACUGCAGCCUCGGCCUGUCACUCAGCAGGACCUGGUAGCUCCCACCGGUGCCCCAGCAGCCCCCCCAGCCAACACAGCCCCUCCCACAGCUCCCCCGCCUCAUCUCAACCCAGAGAUUACCCCCCUCUCAGCUGCCCUUGCACAGACAAUUGCCCAGGGAAUGGCGCCUCCUGUUUCUAUGGCACCGGUGGCUGUAUCUGUGGCACCGGUUGCAGUGUCCAUGACGCAGCCUCUGCCAGGCAUCACCAUGAGUCACGCCACCACCCCGAUGGUGUCGUACCCCAUUGCGAGUCAAAGUAUGAGGAUCACGACUCUGCCUCACUGAACUGCAGAACUGUAAUACUCAUGAGUCAGACUAGCGUCCUUAAUGGGGAUUUUUUUUUUUUUUAGCAUAGAUGAUCUAGACUGGAAGGAUGACAGAGCAGAGACAGCAGUGAGAGGCAGACACUUGUAAAUGUCCUCCAGAGGGCAGAAGAAAUACUCAUGUUGUCCCUGAAGCAACUCUGUGUUCUGUGGAAACAUUACAGAAAAACAAAAUGUAAUUUCCUGCAGAUUAAAAGACUCUAUAACUCUUGCAAAACAUUUCUGCACAAAAAAAAUUAAAAAAAAAAAAAUCAAAACGUGUCUGUCAUCCACAGUGCUUGAACCAUUUCUGUUGUGUCCUCCACAUGUGAGGACAUGGCACUGGAAGCAGUUUGUGUUUAUAUUUUUGUGAAUCGCUCCUGUGUAAAUUAACUUUGGUACUUUGCACACUUAAAAUAAUAACAAGUCAGCUAUGA